CCCCGGGAGGAGGCUCCCUGCCCCGAGAGGCUGUCACAAAUGGUCGAGAUGGAGGCUCCAGCAGACAGGCCAGGCGGGUGGCCUCGGGAGGCGCCUGGGGUGGCCAGCCCAGGGCAGGGUCCACUCCUGGCCGGGGAAGCAGCAGUGGUAGCCAUGGCCAAACCCAGGCCUGGGCAGCAUCAGGUAUGGCAUGGGUGGCCUGGGAGGGGCAGGGAGCUGGCAGAGAGGGUGAGCACCCCCUGGCCCCCACUGACCCACUGACCGCAGCACCUGUUGGCUGGGCAUGCACUUGGGCCGGCUCUGCAUGCUGCUCUCCCGCCGCCAUCUCAUGUCCCUCCCUGCUGGUGCCAUCCCCACUGUGUGGGACACGAAGGUCCCUCGGCUGGGGGUGCCUGCUGAUGGGUGGCCCAGUCUGGACUGAGUCUGGCCUGCCCUGGGUGGCCCAGCAGCCGCUGGGAUCCCUGGAAGGAGCCAGACACUGCCACAUCCUCCCCGCAGCACGCGACCCUCCGGCCCCACUCUCUUCCCUGGAGAGGCCCCUGGGGCCAGCUCGCCCCUCCUGAGACCCAGCUGUCCCAAGGGCAUCCGCCAGGCGGAGGAGCACUCCAAAGGGGGGUGAUGGAGGGCCUCCACCGAGGUGAUCGGCCGCAGGGGGAGGAACCCAAAGCCAACUCUGAGUCGGGGUGAGCAUGAAUGCCAGGGGAGCAUGAAUGCCAGGACCAGGAGGAGCCCCCCACCUGGCUGGACUGGCUUGGUGUGGUGCAGUGAGGGCUCAUCAGCCCGCCUCAGACCCUGGGGAGCACGCUUUCUGCCCACCUCCCAGAGUGGCCCAAGUCCCUGCUCAAACGGCCUGAGCCCCCAUUGUCUCCUGGCCACACCAGCAGUCCAAGCGGAAGGCCCAUUUUCCAGAUGCGGAAGCAGCAGGCCCACCCCCCAGGCUCUGCAGAGGGACUUUGGCCUUUACACACAGCAGCUUUUCCAGCCUCAGUGUCCGGGGCCCGAGGCAGGAGACCCACAAAGGGCAGGUGGCACAAAGGAGGCAUGGGUGGCCCCCCCCACCUGGAAAAGCAGCAACUCCCAGUGUCCAGGGGAUGACACAGCCCCCGUCUCUAGGCCACCUUGAGAAGGCUGUCCCGCCAGGAGACACGGGCCAUGUGGGGCCCCCGGAAGCUGCUUCUGCUGUGGUGCCUGGUGCUGGCAGCAGGGGGCACAGAGCACAUCUACCGGCCUGGGUUCCCGCUCCCUUGGGUUCUAGGGCUGGAAGGACGCAGGCUCUGGGAGCCUCUGGCUGACCCCCGCCCCUGCCUCUGCAGCCGCAGGGUGUGUGCCAUCGGGGUCCCCAGGGGCCCCUUGUCUGAGUCCUUCGCACAGCGUGUGUACCAGCCCUUCCUCACCACCUGUGACGGGCACCGAGCCUGCAGUACUUACCGCGAUAUGCCAGCCACCCUGCCAGAAUGGAGGGAGCUGCGUCCGGCCCGGCCGCUGCCAUUGCCCUGCAGGAUGGCGGGGCAGCACCUGCCAGACAGAUGUGGACGAAUGCAGCGCUGGGGGAGGCACCUGUCCCCAGCGCUGCGUCAACACCGUGGGCAGUUACUGGUGCCGGUGUCCGGAGGGGCACAGCCCAGCUGCGGACGGGACGCUCCGCUCGCCCAGGAGAGGGACUCCCAGGGUGGCCCCAAGCCCCAGGACAGGGGUGGACGGCCAGGUGGAGGAGGAAGUGCAGAGGCUGCGGUCAAGAGUGGACCUGCUGGAGCAGAAGCUGCAGCUGGUGCUGGCCCCGCUGCACAGCCUGGCCUCGCGGGCCCUGGAGCACGGGCUCCCGGACCCUGGCAGCCUGCUGGCCCACUCCUUCCAGCAGCUGGACCGCAUCGACUCUCUGAGCGAGCAGAUCUCCUUCCUGGAGGAGCAGCUGGGGUCCUGUUCCUGCGGGAAGGAGCUGUGACCGGCCUGGCCCGGGCCCCUGGCGUCGGCUCCCAGCAGCCCAUGGACUCUGUCUCCUCGCCUCCCCCGACUGUGGGGACUGUGAGCCAAGCAGGGGAGGGCGCCCCACCUCUCCUUAACCCGAGGGGUCCCUGCACAGGGCAGAGUGGGGUGCGGGUCCUCCACGGUGUGAAUGCCGUCGCCCCCAGCUCUGGGGGAAGGUACGAGGGCUCCCUGCCCCGAGCUGGUCACUGGUGAGCAUGGGGGGGACUUCUGAUCUUUGCUGGAGUAAAAUCAGAGUUCAGGA